AGCACUGCUCCUCCCCCAGAUGAUAGCAUUCCAUUUUUCCCACUUCUGUCAAUGUUCGACCACUGCAAUCGAGGAAAUUGGUCAACAUUGUCAAAGGAGAUUGAGUCAUGGCUGGUAACCAAAGUGGAUUCAGAGUCACCACUGUGGGCUUGGGGAUGUGAUGCAUUUUGGCUAGCAUUUAUUGGGGGAUAUCUGUGCUUUCUGAGAGGCAGAUGGCCCAUGUGGGAUUCUUGA